CUGAUGGUGUGUUGCUCAUUAGUAGUUGUUCGAGUACACUUCUUAUAAAUGUGAAGCAUAAUCGUUCUACUUUCCAUGCAAACCUAACUUUCAGAGACUCUUUACCUUGUCUUGUUCUUUCUUUCUAUAGAAUAUACAGUCGGUUCUCGAUGGAGUUUCGUCUGUCCCCAGUUCUUGCUUUCCUAGCUUUCGCGGUGGCAGCAAGCCAUGCUGCACUCUCACCUGAACAAUAUUGGAACUAUAUGCUGCCAAAUACUCAAAUGCCAAAGGCUGUCAAAGUUAUUCUACAUCCUGACUUGGAGGAUAAAAGUACCUCUGUCAAUGUAGGGGGUGCUGGUGCAAACGUCAAUACAGGAAAAGGGAAACCUGGGGGCACUUCUGUGAAUGUUGGAAAAGGCGUAGUAAAUGUAAACACUGGGAAGGGAAAGCCGGGGGGUACUUCUGUGAAUGUUGGAAACGGUGGAGUACAUGUGAAUACAGGGAAAGGAACGCCGGGGAGUGGCACCACUGUAAAUGUUGGUGGCAAAGGUGGAGUAUCUGUAAACGCAGGACACAAGGGAAAGCCAGUAAAUGUUAAAGCAUCGCCAUUUGAUUACCUGUAUGCAGCCACUGAGACUCAAGUCCAUGAUGACCCAAAUGUAGCUCUUUUCUUUCUGGAAAAGGAUUUGCAUCCCAGAGCUACAAUGACCCUGCACUUCACUCAAAACACAGAGACAGCAACUUUCUUACCUCGCCAAAUUGCCCAGAAAAUACCAUUUUCAUCUGACAAGUUGCCAGAAAUUUUGAACAUUUUUUCAGUGAAACCUGGAUCAGAGGAAGCCGAGAUGAUGAAGAACACAAUCAAGGAGUGUGAACAGCCAAAGAUUCAAGGAGAGGAAAAAUAUUGUGCAACCUCACUGGAGUCAAUGAUUGACUUUAGCACUUCCACGCUCGGAAAAAAUGCUCAGGCAAUCUCUACAGAGGUAGAAAAACAAACCACGAUGCAAAAGUACACAAUAGCAGCCGGAGUGCAGAAGAUGGCAGGUGACAAAUCUGUAGUGUGCCAUAAGCAGAAUUAUGCAUAUGCUGUCUUCUAUUGCCACAAAUCAGAAACGACAAGGGCUUACAUGGUUCCUUUGGAGGGUGCUGAAGGGACAAAAGCCAAAGCAGUAGCAAUCUGCCACACGGAUACAUCAGCAUGGAACCCAAAGCAUUUGGCUUUCCAAGUCCUCAAAGUUGAGCCAGGAACCAUUCCCAUCUGCCAUUUCCUUCCUCAGGAUCACAUUGUUUGGGUCCCUAAGUAAAAGCUUGAAGAGUAGACUCAGACCUUUUAAUUUCAUCCAUCAACUAAGUAUAGUGUGCAUUAAAACAGCUUAAAGCAUAUCCAGUUUAUUUUAUAAUAAUAUACCUCAAACCCAUGAGUUUAGUUAUGCACAAUCUAUCUAGUUCACUUUUGUUAUGAAAGAUGAAUCAUGUACUUAGUUAUUGAUAAAAUGGUAAAUCUAUUACAG